AUGAGAAGGGGACAUAGAAAAAUUGAAAGAGAUAGCAAUAUUCCUUCUGGUGGAAUGGGAUCGAGCUCAAGGAAUACUAAUUGCAAAAACAAUAACGAUCAGGAAACAAUUAUAAUUGAUGAUGAUAUUAAUGACAGACUUCAUAAUAGGAGACAUAAAAAAAGACGUACGCAUUUACAUAAUUCUUUUAGUCGACAAAGCAAAGAGACGAAAUUAUGUGAAGAAUCUAGUAACACAAAUAAAAGAUCUAUAAAUAAUAAUUACAAAAAAAAGAAUGACGAUUCAAAAAAAGAAAUAUAUAUUAUAAGUGAUACAUCUGAUGAUACGAAACCUAAUAAUUAUAAUAAUUAUAAUUAUAAUAAUAAUAAUAAUAAUAAUAUGAUUUAUGAAAAAAGCAAUACAGGUACUUAUUUUAAUAAAAAAAAUGAAUCUAGAGAGAAAAAAGAAAAUAUAAGUUCUUCAUUAAAUGAUGUAAGUAUUAAUGAUAGAAACAAUCAAGUAACAAAUGAAAAUAUAGGAGUAGAUGGAAAUGAUUCAAUUAACAAGAGCAAUAAUAUUAAUGAGAAAUCAAAUAAUUUACAAAAUGUUAAGGAUACUACUAAUUCUAUAAAGAAAAAAUAUAAUUCUGGAAAUACUAUGCGAAUGAAAAACUAUAAUAAUACCCAUGAACAGAAUACGAUUAUUCAGAAUAAAGAAACGGAAAAUAGCAGUUCCAUCUAUAAUGAUAGAUGCAAUAGAAAUAAUAUAGUAGAUAUUUCUAGAGAACCAAAAAAUAAAAGCAAUGAAGCGAUACAUCCUAUGACAUUAAGAAAUAGAGCUGGAAGUAAAUGCAUGAAACAGUAUUUACAAAAUGAUGAAGGAAAAGAGAAUGAAAACAAUAUACCAAAUGAAAGACCAACAAGAAAUGUCACAAAGAGAAACGAUAAUAUAGAAAAUGAACAAAAUGAAAAUCAAAAAAAUAUUCAAGAAAGAGAUUCCCUAACAAAUAUUAAUAUCAUAGAAAAUGAAAGGGAUAACAUAGGACCCAAUAAUGAAAAUAAACAAAAUAUCAAAAAAGUUAAAAACAAAAGAAUGGAUGUGGAAAUAUUUGAUAUAUGUAGAGAAGAAAGGGGAAAUUCUCAAUCAAAUAUUCGUGACAUUGUUAAUACUAAUCCAAAUGAUUUAUAUGAUGAUGUAAAUGUGAAAACUAAUUUUGAUUUGAGGAUGUUUUAUUUAUCAAAUAUAAUUAGAUAUUUGAAUUGUAAAUAUGUGGAUUUAAAUAACUACCUUAAUGCAAUGGUAUAUAAAAAUAAUAAGAAUAUUGAUAUGCUAAAUAUUAUACAUAGAAGAAAUUAUGAUAACCUAAAAUAUAUAUAUUUCGAUUUGCAUUUAGAAGAAAAUAACAGUAAAAUAUCAUCUGGAGAUAUAUAUGUUCUUUUAAAUCCUAAACUUAAUAUAGAAUACAAUAAUAAUAGGUUUGAUUUUUGUACGACAUGUAUUCCAUCAAAUUGCCGUCGUCGAAUAAUUAGGAAAAGAGUUUUUAAUCCUAGUGAUACUAUUAUUAAUAAUUCUGAUAUUAAUUCUAUUAGAACUAAUAACUGGUAUACACCUGAUUAUAGAAAUGUUCCUGAAGAAGAAAUAUAUAAUCAUGAAUUUUCUGACAAUAGUGGAGAAUAUAAUUCAUUUUACAGAAGAGUUAAUUCUUAUAGAGUUAAUAGAUAUUAUUGGAAUAGAGAUACCUUUAUAGCAAGGACCAUAAAUUUGAAUUGUGAUAAUAACAUGAGUGUUUUUUACCGUAUUGAUAAGAUUACAUAUGAAUAUAAUAUAAAAAUAACUUUUGAUAAUUUCUGGAAUAUUGCUGAUCGAGAAUAUAACCAUGUAUAUUAUUAUUAUUUUGAUUUUGAUGCUAACCAAUAUUAUACAUAUAAAAUAACUAAAAUUGGACGUACUGGAAAUUCUAGCUUUAUUAAACAAUUCUUACUCGAUAUGAAACCCGCAUUUUGGUUUUUACAAGAUAUUUUAAUUUAUUGUAGCUUAGUAUAUCAUUCCUCAUAUAUAAGAUAUGAUAAAAUGACUUCGUUUAUGAAAUUUCAUGAUUAUGUACAAGUAUUCAUACAAGAACAUAUGAAACAAUUCUUGGAACGUUUUGACGCUAUUCAAAAUCCUAUACAACCUAAAUUUAUUCAUAAUAUGAAAGCAUUUAGAAAAAUGGAAUUUAUACUAAUUUUUACUCUAUGUGAAGUAAGAACAAAAUUUGAUGCAUCUAACUCUAUUGCUCAUAGAAUAGAUGCAUUCUUAUCAAAUUAUUAUUUAUUUUGUGAAUCUGAUAAAUUCAAUUUUAUAUAUCGUGCUCAUACUCUUGGAUUAAUAAAUGCUGAUGAAUCUGAUUUAUAUACGAAAACUAAUGCAUUUUUAUCUAUGUAUGAUGAAUACUUAACCAUAAGAAAACGAAAUAGUAUGAAGAUACCAAAAUUAUUUAAUUCAUUUAAUAUACUACUUGAAGCACUUAUUUAUAAAUGUAUUCAAUAUGAUAUUCUGAAUACGGAUAUAAGAAAUAAUAAAAAAGAAAGGGAAAAUACUCAAAAUGGUAGAAAUAUUGGAAAUUUUAAAAAUGGUUUAAAUUCAGCAACUUUUGUAAAAACAGAAAAAAGUAUAAAUAUUGGAAAUAUUAGAAAUACUGGAAAUAUUAGAAAUACUGGAAAUAUUAGAAAUACUGGAAAUAUUGGAAAUACUGGAAAUAUUGAAAAUAUUGGAAAUAUUGGAAAUGUUAACAAUGUUUUAAAUUCUUCAAAUUUUUUAAAAUCUGAAAUUCAUGAAAGGAAUAAUACUAAUCAAAAUAGGGGUAAAAAUGUAGAUCCCUCUGGUAUAGUUACAGGAACAGUUCUAGAUGAAAAUGAAACAAAAAUUAUAAUGCAAAUUAGUAAUAUUUUAGCUAAUUGUAUAUUAAGCGAAAUAAUUUCUAACAUGGUAACAAUGGAGUUUCCUAAUAAAUAUUAUCCACAUGAUAAGGAAAAUAUAUUUAUAUCAUUCUUAGAACAAUUACAUAUAUGUGAUGAUUUUAGUUGUACAAAUACAUUGUGUUAUAGAUACUUAGUUAGAUAUAUUAAUGUUUUAGUUCAAAAUACUGUAUUAAGAAUAUUUUUUUUAAGAAAUUACAAAUUUUUAGAUAAUAGUGUUAUUGAUUAUUCCAAAAUAUACACAAUUUUAAAAUUAAUCUGUACCUUUACACCUUGUUAUAAUUCUCAAAUUGUCAAAAUAUCUUGCGUGUUUAUGGUUUUCGUACUUAUGAAUAAGACUUUAAAUCGAAAUACACAAGAUUAUUCAAUGGAUUGGGACAAUCCAUAUUUUGAAAAAUUAAAAGAAAAUUAUUACCCAAGUAGUGAUCCAGUAAGAGAUGGACUUCGAAAACCAAAUCAUAUGUUUGGAGUCCCAAUAGAUGUACUACGUUUUAUAGUACCAAACCUUGAUGAAUGUAGACCAGAAGAUUUUACUUACCGUCCUGCAUAUAAACCCUUUGAAAAUUUAUAUUAUAUGCUAGAUGGUAGUGUUCGUAUUAUCCGUGAUCAUAUACCAUAUACUUUUUAUGUUCACAAUAUUUGUUCUAAGAAGAUGCGUUACAAGAGAAGAAAGAUAAGCCCAUUUAAUAAAAUUUUAUAUAAAAAUUUUAAAUCCAUAAAAAAACAAUUUACUUUGUUUCCUCUUCGAAACAUAUUAAAUUUAUCUCAUCAUUCGACUAUAUUCCAAAAUGAUAUUCUUGUAUUAGUAAACAAAAUAUUAACCUCUUACGAAUGGCAUGGAUAUGGUGCUUAUCAAUCAUUUAUAAGUAAGUGGAAAUUUAAGAAAAAAUAUUCUAAGUCCUAUACAUCUAAUAAAAGUAUUGAUGAAAAUAUUAGAAGUAUAGAAGAUGACUUAGCUAAUUUAGAUGAACGCAAAAAAAAUAAUAUUAAUGAACCAAAUAAAUUAUUUGGUAAAAAUAAUGAAAACAACACAAGUACUAAUAAUAAGAAGAUAGAAGAACAAAAUCAUCCAAAAUCUGUUGGCACAACUCCACAAAGAAACAAAAAAAAAUUAUAUUGUCAAUCAAAUGGGCAACAAAAUUCUAGACAAAUUCCAGAAGAAAGAAAUAUUAACAUAAAUUCACUAAUUAAUAGUUUUAUAUAUGAUAAAUCAGAUGAUAAAAUAAUAUGUGAAGAAAGUAGUAGUUCAAAUUAUGAAGAGGGAAAUAGUUCAAGUUAUGACGAGGGAAAUAAUUCAAGUGAUAAAAAUAUUAGUAAUAUAAAUAAUGAAAAUACAAAUUUGUUAUAUAAUAAAUUAAAAGGUGUUUUCUAUGGAGAUUAUAAAUUUUUCAAACCUUUUCAUAAGUACAUAUACAAUAAACUUGAAAAUGAUAUAAAUAAAACAAGUGAAAUGUAUAAUGUUAUAACACAUUGGUUAAGUAUUUUGGAGAGGACCAAUAGAAUGAAUAAGAUGAACGGUGAUAAUAAGGUGAAUGAUGUGAAUAAGAUGAACAGUGUUAAUAAGGUGAAUGAUGUGAAUAACAUGAAUGGUGAUAAUAAGGUGAACAAUGUUAAUAAGGUGAAUGGUGUGAAUAAGAUGAACAGUGUUAAUAAGGUGAACAAUGUUAAUAAGAUGAACGGUGUUAAUAAGGUGAACAGUGUUAAUAAGUUGAAUGGUGUGAAUAAGAUGAACAGUGUUAAUAAGGUGAAUGAUGUGAAUAACAUGAACAGUGUUAAUAAGGUGAAUGAUGUGAAUAACAUGAAUGGUGAUAAUAAGGUGAACAAUGUUAAUAAGGUGAAUGGUGUGAAUAACAUGAACAGUGUUAAUAAGGUGAAUGAUGUGAAUAACAUGAACAGUGUUAAUAAGGUGAACAAUGUUAAUAAGAUGAACGGUGUUAAUAAGGUGAACAGUGUUAAUAAGUUGAAUGGUGUGAAUAAGAUGAACAGUGUUAAUAAGGUGAAUGAUGUGAAUAACAUGAACAGUGUUAAUAAGGUGAAUGAUGUGAAUAACAUGAAUGGUGAUAAUAAGGUGAACAAUGUUAAUAAGGUGAAUGGUGUGAAUAAGAUGAACAGUGUUAAUAAGGUGAACAAUGUUAAUAAGAUGAACGUUGUUAAUAAGGUGAACAGUGUUAAUAAGUUGAAUGGUGUGAAUAAGAUGAACAGUGUUAAUAAGGUGAAUGAUGUGAAUAAGAUGAACAGUGUUAAUAAGGUGAAUGAUGUGAAUAACAUGAACAGUGUUAAUAAGGUGAACAAUGUUAAUAAGAUGAACGUUGUUAAUAAGGUGAACAGUGUUAAUAAGUUGAAUGGUGUGAAUAAGAUGAACAGUGUUAAUAAGGUGAAUGAUGUGAAUAAGAUGAACAGUGUUAAUAAGGUGAAUGAUGUGAAUAAGAUGAAUGGUGAUAAUAAGGUGAACAAUGUUAAUAAGGUGAAUGAUGUGAAUAAGAUGAACAGUGUUAAUAAGGUGAACGAUGUGAAUAAGAUGAACAGUGUUAAUAAGGUGAACAAUGUUAAUAAGAUGAACGGUGUUAAUAAGGUGAACAGUGUUAAUAAGGUGAAUGGUGUGAAUAAGAUGAACAGUGUUAAUAAGGUGAACGGUGUGAAUAAGAUGAACGGUAUUAAUAAAGUGAACGAUGUGAAUAAGAUGAACGGUGUUAAUAAGGUGAACGAUGUGAAUAAGACCAAAAAUAUGAAUAAGAUACCUGGUGUGAAUAAGACCAAUAACAUGAAUAACAUAUAUGGUGUAAAUAAGACCAAUAACAUGUAUAAGAUACAUUGUUUGAAUAAGGUGAAUAAUGUAAAUAAAUUAAAUGAAGUAAAUAAUUUGAAUGAAGUAAAUAAGUUGAAUGAAGUAAAUAAAUUGAAUGAAGUAAAUAAGUUGAAUGAAGUAAAUAAAUUGAAUGAAAUAAAUAAAUUGAAUGAAGUAAAUAAAUUGAAUGAAGUAAAUAAAUUGAAUGAAGUAAAUAAAUUAAAUGAAUUAAUUAAUUUGAAUGAAGUAAAUAAAUUGAAUGAAGUAAAUAAAUUGAAUGAAGUAAAUAAGUUGAAUGAAGUAAAUAAAUUGAAUGAAGUAAAUAAGUUGAAUGAAAUAAAUAAAUUGAAUGAAGUAAAUAAAUUGAAUGAAGUAAAUAAGUUGAAUGAAGUAAAUAAAUUGAAUGAAGUAAAUAAAUUGAAUGAAGUGAAUGUGGUCAAAGACUCAAAUAAUAUGAAUGAUGCAAAUAAUUCAAGUGAUGCUAGUAAUUCAAGUGAUGUUAAUAAUUCAAGUGGUGCUAGUAAUUCAAAUGAUGCAAAUUAUCCAAAUGAUGAAAGCAAUACAAAUAAUAAUACAUCAAAUAGCACAAAUAAUUCAAAUAAUAAUACAUCAUGUAGUUCGAAGAACACUACAACCAGUAGCGAAAAUAAUGAUUCAUUAGAAAAUAAAAGAAAUGAAGAAGAUGAAGAUGAAGAAGACGAUCAAAAAGAUAUACAGAAAGAAAAAAAUAAUUUAGAACAGGAAGGUAUGAGUUCAUACGAAGAUAGAAAUAAAAAUAAUGAAACAAAUAUUAAUGAACAAUAUAAAUUUCAUUUAUCAAAUGAUUUGGGAAAAAUAUAUGAUACAUAUAACCAAGGAGAUGAAGUUGUUGUAUCUAAGAAUAAAGACAAAUUAGAAAAGCAUUUGGAUGAUUACAGGAAUUAUUAUUAUUUAUCUAAAGCAACACUCAUGGACAAAAUUGGAGAAUCACAAAAUAAUAACAACUAUAAUGUAACUAUUUCAAAUGAACUUGGAAAUAAUGUAUCGAUAAAACCAAAUUAUGAUCAGAAUGAUAAUAUAAAAGAACAAAAUGAUUCAAACGUAUUUAAGAAUAGUGAUCAUUAUAAUUCGUCUUAUGAUAAUGUACACACUGUUAAUGAAUAUAAUAUGGUAUUUAAAGAUUACUCAAGACAAGAUAAUUUAGAGAUACAAACAAGUGGAGAAAACAAGCAAUAUUUAUUUAGCUUAGAUAGUAAUGAUUAUGAUGAUAUUGAUGAUGAUAAUAAAAAUAAUAAUAAUAUAAAUAAUAUAAAUAAUAAUAUGAAUAAUCAACACAAUUAUCAAGAGAAUAAUAUUAACACAAAUAAUAACUUUUUUUACACUCCUAAUUGCCAAAUGCAAAACAAUUCAUAUAUGAGUGGAAAUGAAUUGUAUCAGCCAUUAUAUAAUACAUAUCCUUCAAAUGUUAUUGAAGAAAAUUCUUCUAUAAACAACAACUUCAUUAAUGCAUCAUCUUACAUGAAUAACAACAACAGCACUAAUAAUACAUUCAUUUCAUGUAUGAAUUCUAAUUUAAGUUCUAAUAUUUCCAAUAAUAAUAAUAACACAUAUUCAUAUAAUUUAUAUAGUUCAAUGAACAAUACUUAUAUAAAUAACGACGAUGAAAUAGGAAAUAAUGAUAUUAAUUCAAUCAUAUUGACAAAUAAUACUGUUAUUAAUAAUUAUGCAGGUAACAAUCAAAUGCAAGAAUCCUAUAUAACACCAAACACGGAAUUUACUAAUAAUAUAUCAAGCCAAACACAUUCAAAUUUACAAUAUUAUACACAAUUCUCAAAUAAUAUUGAAAACAAUAAUUAUUAUAAUCUGCAAAGUGGAAAUAAUGAAGUGGAAACACAACAUAUCUCCCAAGAAUAUAAUACAUCUCGUUUAAAUGAAGAAUAUAUGAAUAAUAAUGUCCUAAAUAAUAAUGUGAACGCUUAUAGUAGAUGUGAAUGUAAUAAUAAUCAGAAUAAUAAGAAUGAGAACAUUAAUGGUACCAAUUUUCUUAAUGGUUCGGAAUGGAACAACAACAUGAUUAAUAUUUCUAAUGUUCAGAAUUCUCAAAGCAAUGAAACGUAUUGUAAUAACAUCCAACCUAAUGUAGAUUACUCUAAUAUAAAUCAGAAUUAUGGAAUUUCUAUUGAAAAUAAUAAUAUCACAGAUAACAACCUUAAUGAAAAUAAUGGAACUACUGGAAAUAAUACAUAUAUUUACAAUAAUUUUAUGUAUAAUAGCCAGAACGACAUUUUUGAAGGACAGGGGAAUAAAACACUCUUGGAUUAUAACAACAUUAUGUCAACUGGUAUAACAUCCAAUGAAUAUGUAACUAAUACAAAUUAUGGAAUAAAUAAUAUGAAUAAUAAUGUACAAAAUAGUUUAGAAAAUAAUUAUAUUGGAAAUAUGAAUAAUUUGAUGAAUGAAAUAGAAAUGGGUUCUAACAAUUUUGCAUAUAUGAAUGAGAAUAAUUUAUGUAAUAUUAAUAAUGAUAAUAAUAUUAAUGAUAAUAAUAAUAAUAAUUAUGCAUAUAAUAUUAAAAAUCAUGAUAAUUUAUUAAAUGGAAUAAAUCAGAAAGAAUCUAAUAAUGUAUGUGGUAUAUUUAUGUCUGAUAACAAUAUACAAAGAAUAACAUCAGAUGAAGGUUCCUAUAAUAAUAACUCAUUAUCGCUAUAUAGAACAACAGUUAAUGAAUUAGAAUUUAAUAAUAACAAUUCGAAUAAUUUAUAUUAUAACAAUAAUUCUAUGACAAGAUGUAAUAUUUUGAAUAAUAAUGUAGGAAAUAAUAAUAAUAAUAUAACUAUGUCUAAUAAUAUGAUACACAACGAACUUUCAAACCAAACGAAUAAUAAUAAUUCUUUUAAUUCAGUCAAUGAAAGCAAUAAUUUUAAUAACUAUACAAAUAUUAAUAAUUAUCAUGGAAAUAUGGAUUUAUUACCUUCACAACAAAACAUACAAAAUAAUGAUGUGUUUCCUUCAAAUAGCUAUGAAAAUAUAACUAUGAUGAGUAAUAAUAAUAAUUCAGCAUAUUCCAAUAAUUCAAACUAUUAUGUAAAUUCUAUAAGGAAUGAUAACAAUUAUAGUAUGAUGAAUAAUUUCAAUUCCUUUCAAAAUACAACUGAAUAUAUGGUACCUCAAACAUCGUAUAAUAAUAGUCUUGAAGAUAAUGGAACAAGAAUAACAUAUCCACAUGUAAGUGUAAACAACUUUAAUGUUUAUCCAAACAUGUAUAAUGAAAAUAAUACAAAUAAUAUAAAUAAUACAAAUAAUAUAAACAAUACAAAUAAUAUAAAUAAUAUAAAUAAUAUAAAUAAUAUAAAUAAUACAAAUAAUACAAAUAAUACAAAUAAUAUAAAUAAUAUAAAUAAUAUAAAUAAUACAAAUACUAUAAAUAAUACAAAUAAUAACAUUUUCCAAGCAUAUCCAAAUAAUGUAAUUUCUCCAUAUAAUUUAUCAAAUAACAUAGAGAAUAAUAAUUAUUCAUAUACUGGAUAUAAUUAUACGAAUGCUGGUUCAAGCAUUAGUAAUAAUAUGAACAUUUUUACUAAUGUAAUGGAUACGAAUUAUAACAUUAGCAAUUCAAAUAAUCAUAAUGUUGAAGAACAGACACAAGAACCUGUAGUUGAAUAUAAUAAUAAUAUUGGUACAAAUUUUAAUACAUUUCAAAAUAAUAUUAACAAUAAUAAUUUUACUAUAAAUCAUAAUAACAUGAAUAAUAAUAAUAGUAAUAUUAAUAUUAUGUAUAAUAAUAAUUAUAAUAAUAAUAAUAAUAUCCAAAAGAAUAACAUAACAGAAGUACCAUAUUCUAAUAUUAAUAACCCUUCAUCUUAUAAUAUAGGCACCAGAAGGAGAAGAAGAAUUGGAAAUAAUGGACCACCAAGUGCUGAAGAAUUAAAUAGACUACUUAAUGUACAACACUUGACCAUACCAGAAAUAGCUACUAUUUAUGGAGUUCACAGAACAACUAUAGCCAGAUGGUGUAAUAUAAGGAAUAUUACAACAUAUUCUAUGAGUAAUUCCCCAGGGAAAAGAAAAAGAAAUGAAGAUAACAAAUAA